AUGGGGAGAAGGAAAAUCGAGAUUAAAAAGAUUGAAUCCAAGGUCCGUUUGAUGGUGACUUUAAGCAAACGGCAAGCUGGAUUGUUCAAGAAAGCCCAACAACUUUCACAACUGUCCGGGGCAACUGUUGUUGUCCUUGUCUUCUCACCCACCGAGAAGCCUUUCACCUCAUCUUCUGGUGGAAACUUUGAUGAGACGAUUGCUUCUUUUUAUGGAGGUCAAGUUCCAGAAUCCACAUCCCAACCUCUGUGGUGGGAAACAGAUUUGAGCUCCCAACCCACCGGGAAGCCUUUCACCUCCUCUUCUGGUGGAAACUUUGAUGAGACGAUUGCUUCUUUUCAUGGAGAGAGUUUCAGAGAACGUAAGAUUGAAGUCGAUUUCAAGGUUUUUGGUAAUCGGUUACUUCCUGUUACAAUAUGA